AUGACGGCACCGGAGGGGCAGAAAACCGAGUUUGCAUUUGGUGAGGGUGGGAAGAAGAAGGUGAAAUUAGUGUUCUGGGAUUAUGCGGAAUUAGUGGGGAAGAUCUCUGCAGAGUGUCUGGUUGCGGCGGAGCACUGGGCAAAUAAGAUUCAGAGGAAGAUAUGGGAGGAGUAUGCCCGGUCGUUUGAAAUCGGAGCUAUUCAAAUGCGUAAGCAGUCUCAGAGGUACUGGGUACAGAAUAAGGGUUCCCGGGUAGAAGCUAAUAUUGGCCUUAUUAAGACAUAUCGUGAUCCGGCUAGCUUUCAUGCAGAAUGGGAAAGUUUUGCGGCAAUGGUAAACCAAGAGCUGACCAGAACCUGCAGAGAGCCAGUCGGGCGUGCAGAGGACUUUACCGCUAGGUUGCCCUCGGGAAAAGAUUUUGAAAAGAACCACUUUGUGAAGCCAGACUUCACAAGUUUAGAAGUUUUAACAUUUGCAGAGGCAGGGUUUCCAGCUGGUUCGUACCUUUCACUCGACCACCUCUGACAAUCCAAGCUAACCAGUAUAAUACACAGGCAUCAACAUUCCAAACUACGAUGACAUCCGCCAGGAAAUGGGCUUCAAAAACAUCUGA